AUGUGUGUUGUGCCUGUGACUUCUGAGUUUUAUCUGGGAACUGUGAGACUUAUUUUUCAACCAGCUGAGGAGGGAGCUAGAGGCGCCUCUCAAGUGAUAAAAGAAGGAGUUCUUCAAGAUACAGAAGCAAUUUUUGCUGUUCAUAUUGAUGCUGAGACGCCUACUGGAGCCAUAGCAUCCAUUCCAGGGCCUUUUACAGCUGCUGGAUGCAUCUUUGAGGCAAAACUUGUAGGAGUGGGUGGUCAUGCUGCUUCACCCCACAGGAAUGUGGAUCCAGUGCUGGCUACAUCAUUUGCAUUAUUGGCUCUACAACAGCUUGUCUCAAGGGAAAAUGACCCUCUUCAGAGUCAAGUCUUGGCUUAUGCGAUUUCAUUUGAAAAAGCUCUUAAGUGUUCUGUUUACUAUGCCAAAAAACAAAGUUCUCUAUCAGGUCUUGGCUUAUGCGAUUUCAUUUGA